AUGCUUCUCCUUCUUCACAGUUAUUUCACGGCGAGGCAGGCAAGCAGCAGCCACCGGCUUGGGAAGGACGAGCUCGUGGCUGGCCGGGACGCCAGGACGUUGCAUGGCCUGCAUGGGAGGCUCAUAUUGGGGGGGUAUCCUCGUCAGAGUCAUCCGCCAACACCAGACGCAUGCGCCUUGCAGGAUCCGGGGCCAUGUCCACUAAAGGAACAGAAUCUUCUAGCUCGGCGUUCAGAUGCUCACUAG